AAGCACAACGCACCCGGCCUCCCAUGGGGCUUCUUGCCGCGCUUUGGCUUCAGUUCCUUUGCCAAGCGGUGGGCUGCCGCCUGGAAGGCUCACAGGCGCAUGCGCUGAAGGAGGUCCUGGUCGCUUUGGGCCUCGAUGAUUUGGACAACUCCUCGGCGGAUUUCGAGACGUCGCUGGCCGCGGGCUCCUCGAAGGGGUGCGGCAGCAUCGGCGUCUUCUGCGAGGAGGUUGGGACCUCGUGCAAGGUGGUGCUCUUGGCCUACCAACACCUGGGCCUCACAGGUUUCCUGCCGGAGGCGAUUGCAGGGCUGCCGCAUCUCCGGAAGCUGAAGCUGUCGACGAAUCGACUGAGCGGUACCAUCCCGAAGGCCUUGGGAGGCUUGGUGCAUUUGCGGGAGAUCAGCUUCUCCAGGAACCAGCUCACCGGCGAAAUCCCGCAGGAGCUGCCAGAGAGCUUGGAGGGCCUCUACCUGCAGGACAACCACCUCACGGGUGGCAUCCCGGAGAGUUUUGGACGACUCAGGGGAUUGAAGGGCCUGGAUCUCAGCAGCAACAAUCUCGAUGGCACCAUCCCGGAGUCUUUUGAGAACCUUGUGAAUUUGGAGCACCUGUGGCUGAGCAACAACCGCCUCACCGGGAAGCUCCCAGCAUUGGGCAAUCUCCAGAACCUCAUCCUCCUCAAUGUGAGUCAAAACCACCUGGAGGGGAAGGUCCCCUUGGCCUACAGGUACCUGCCUGAGAUGGCCCACGCGGAUUUUCGGGGCAACAAGCUCCUGCCGCACAGCCAAGCUCUGCCGAACUGCGCGCCCUUCGCCAAGGAUCCCUGUCAGCUCUUCCAGUACCUGGACUUCUCCGAGUGUUUGCAGUGCCUGGGGUUUUCCCUGGGCUUCGCCGUUGCUGGCGCUUGGUGCCUCAGGGCCAUGGCUUCCCGGACUCCGAAGCCAAACUCCCAUGUCCCCAACGGCGCCAGGGAAGUGGCGGCCGCGGCCUUGUAUCCCACCAGGCCUUCUCAGACUCUGUACCUGGCCCUGGCCGUGGUGGCUCACUUCUUCGCGCCCUGUUGCAUGGCAUGGUUCGUGAAGCCUCAGGUCGUGCUGACGCUUGUGGCGCUGCAGAAGGCGGUGGCCGCCAUCUGCAGCCGCGAGGUGGUGGCGCCCAAUCUGCUGUGCCUCUUCUUCCCACAGGGCCUUUCUGCACGACGAAGGCCCUGCCAGACUUUCCUGGCGGAGCUGAUCGGGGGACCCGUGGUGCUCGUGGUGCUGGUUGUGUUGGUGGACAUGGCGGACCUGGCGCAAGAGUCGCCCAGCUUCAUUUCGCAGCACGACAUCGUGGUGGCCGAGACCAUAGGCAGCGCCACGGUCAAGGCAGAGUUCUUGCCAGCCAUUUGCAGAUUGUCGCUGAUCUACAUUCUGACUUCCUUUGCGCUUUCCUUGUGUUGCCCUUGCGGCCAUGUGGCGCCGGCGGCGUCCGAUGUGGAUCGUUUGGCGCGGGCGCUGGCGUCGGGGGAGCCCGUUGCGCAGGCGCUGGAACAUCCUGCCCGCGAGCUCGAGCUAGUCGGCGAAGUUCGUGGUUUGGAUGCUCAGGGCAAGGGGCCGGCUGAUCCGGUAGUCCGCUUCGAGAACUUGGGGCGCAGAAGGCUGCGCGCAUCCUGGGGCGAGUCGCGCUGCGAGGUGCAGCUCCUGGCGGCCUGGCGGAUCUACCUGGACCUCGGCCUGACGGCGCUCACCUUCUGCACCGACUUCUUCGCGGCCAAGAAGUUCCUGCAAGGCCACUUCUUCUGGUUUGCCGUGGUGACCUUGGCCGCCUCCUGGUGUUCCAUGCUGGUGGAGCUGCCAACUUGGAGGAACUUGAGGCAGGAGGCCCAGCUCAGCGUGCGCCAGGGCUUCUAUACCGACCGCAUGGUGGCGCUGCGGAACUCCGAGCGAGGCGUCGAAGGCUUCCUGGAUUUGGGCGUGAAAGUCUAUGGCCUGCCCUGGGGCGUCACCUCGGACGCGAGCUUCGGGGCCUUCCUCCUCGGCGUGCUGCUGAACCUGCGUGGGCUGGCGUUGGUGCUGCGCACACGAGACCAGCUGGCGGGCUAUGCCUAAGGCCUGGAGGAAGGCACAAAUCCGAGGACCUCGACGCCACGUCUUCAUUGCAUGCGGGGGAAGCCGAUCGCAUGGAGCCAAAUUGAUCCAGCGAUUUGACGGACCCGGACUUGGCACAGGUGCUCGGACAGCUGGGAGCGAGCUUUCAGCCCAUGGCGAACAAGCAGACCUUGGGCUCACGUGUGGCCUGGGGCUACUGGCUGGACCACGGCAGAGAGCAGUCAGGUCAAGCUCGCCUGCUGCCAGCGCGGGGUGGUGAAGCGGAAAUUGCCUGGCGGGCUUGCCUGCGGCGCAAUGCUUGCCUGCGCAAAGCAGGGAAGGAUCCCCGCAACGGAUGCCCGUGCGACAGCGCGUUAUUGCCUGCACUGAAAACCAUGCUUCUCAUCAGGGUGGCAACGAAGGCGCUUUGCAAGCCACUCCUUGAUCCCGGCAUCUGCAGAUUGCCGCGCACGUGCAAAGUUCGAGCAGCGUCGAAAAGCAUGAGAGUU